AUGAUAUCAGAUUAAUUACGAUAAGUUCUAUCCAAUAAUACUCCAAACAUUAUAGGACCGCAACUCUCUCGAAAAACUAUUCUUUUAAAAAAGAAGAAUAAGAAAAUAUGCAACAAUACGCUGAAUCAACUGCCUCAAAAAGGAAAUUAGGAUGUCUCAUAAAAAGAUGAUAAAUCGUAGAAAACAGAUAAAACUGAGACAAUCACAAUCAAGUCCCAUAGUAAUAUUGGCUCUUAGACCUCGAAUUCCAUUCCUUGUAUUUCUUAGGAUGUAUUUGAUGGUAUUGAAAUCCCCCCCACUGAUCCAAUUUGGCUAGAAAUCAUCCCACAAGAAUUAUUGCUAGAAACUACCGUCGAGAAAUUAUUGGAGGAUAACAAAGAUUAUUUUUAUAACCUACUAGGAUUAUACUUGUAGGAAAGGGCUAUUGGAGACUUGAAUAUGUCACGUUUUGUUUUACCCUAAAAGUUUUAAACACAAUAUUCGAAAGAUUUCACUCUGAAAUCUGUGGAUCGAAAAAUAGGAAUAGACUCCAGAAUAUAUGAAGAUUAUAAAUAAUACAGUUCGCAAAAUUAAAAUACUACUACUUACAAAUAGUAUUUUUAGAAACCAAUACCCAAUGAUAUUACCCAAUCAUUCAAGCCUACCUCAGAACGAAGUGUCCUUGCCUUGGCUGCAUUAACCACAUAUAAAGCUAAUCACAUCAACUUCAAACAACCAGAAAUACCAGAAUUAAUGAAGGCACCAAGUAAUUCCACAACAGGAAAGUUGCAAUUGAAUGGAAAUUCCAAUUAUAAUCUAGACUAUAAAUGGCAUCAGCAUUAUGAACGAUUACCAAAUUUCAAAAAUAGUUAUUCUAAAUUGAAUCCAAUUUCCAAUUCUGAUAUCUUCUUUACCAAAUAACGAGCAUCAAUCGACUAUUAUCCAUUAAGUCCACAACCAAAAGCAACCCAAGUGCUUACAACUCCUGCCUUCUAGGGCUAAUUCAUGACUACAUUCAAACAGUAUCUAAUACAUUUUUAUCUUCAAGUGAUUUUCAAUAAAUUGACAAGGAACUGA